UGCAGCAAUCGAGUUUCUAUGGUUACACUGGAAUGUUGCCCAAACGCUACACACAAGGGGUGAUGACAGGUGAAAGCACUGCUGGUGUCAUCAUUUCCCUCAGCAGAAUCUUUACCAAGCUCCUGGUUUCUGAUGAAAGGAAGAACACCAUUGCCUUCUUCUUCAUUUCGAUCGGAAUGGAGAGCAUGUGCUUCAUCUUGCAUUUGCUGGUGAAAAGAACGCAGUUUGUGCGAUACUAUACCUCCCACAGCAGCAGGGGCCACGAGCGACUAAAGGACAAAGGUCAUGUGGAUCAGGGCCCUGGUUACCGGGUCCAUCAUAAUGUCAAUACAGAGGAAGUAAGAUUC